UGCAACAAACACUGUCUACAACGAACAACAACAUCAACAUGAACAACUUCUUUCAACACACAAAAUGUAAGUACAACACAGAAACGACCUUUGUACUCAAACAAUACUGCCGAUCAAUAACAAAGCUUGCGAAACUGACAGAGAGAAGCAAUUUUCUCCUAACAUGCAGAAAGUCAAAUGUAACACCAACACACUUACACAAUCAAACAAAGAACAUCACCAACUUAUUCCGACUGACAACAACAAAAACAGAAACAGAGAAGAUACUCGCAAAACUAAACUCAAAGCUACUCAAUGUAGAAAUAAGAGAAACGCACAUACAUAUAAAACAAACAAAACAAGGGAUAGCAAAGAUAGAGGGAGAUAUAAGCAAUACACUGAACGAAACGGAACUCUCAAUUUUCAAGAAUGGACAAUGGGAUAGAUAUAAGAAUAUAAAAACUAGGACAAAGGAAAUACACUCAGCGAAAUUAAAUAAAAUAAGAUCGGAUAAAUUCUCGAAACAUAAUCUACGGUUCAAUGACAAUUGGUUUGUCAAUAAAACAGAAGUAACAUUUCCGACAGAGUGUAAAUGGCUACUAUCUAUGGGGUCAAAAUUUGCACUCCCAGUCAACAAAGACAAUUUUGCACCAGUUCCACUUAUCGCGGACAUUGAACAGUGGGUGCAGAAUAUAGAUGACGUCCGGGAGAAAGAAACAGCUAGGUCCAAAAUAGCUAAUAGAAUUACGAAUUUUAAGCGAAGCAUGAGAAAUGAUGACAGAGAGAAAUUCAUAUUAGGAAUCUAUGAAGAAACAAAGGAGAUAAUUGAUGCAAACAGAGACACGAUUAUGGUCACAACUGCAGACAAGGGGAACAAAACAGUAGUCAUGUCAAAGAAGGAAUAUCACCAGAAGAUGAACCAAUUACUUGCGGAUAGAACAACCUAUAGACCAAUCGACGUGGAUCCUACGGAGAAACUCCAAAAAGUUAACAAUAAAAUUAUCAUGGAACUAUUCAAAAGUAAACAUAUAACAAAAUGGGAAAAAACUAAAUUAGACAGCAUUUCACCGCAAUCGCCAGAACUAUACGGACUGCCGAAAAUUCAUAAGGAUGGCACUCCCCUCCGGCCUAUAUCUUCGUCAAUGAACGUCCCCUGCUAUGCUCUUUCGAAACACAUUGGAAACAUACUAAAAACUAUAAUUUCGACGGAAUACAAUGUUAAAAACUCUCUAGAACUGAAACAACAACUCGGAUCUAUCACUUUGGAUAAAGAUGACAUUAUCGUCUCCUUCGACGUGGUAUCGUUAUUUACUAACAUACCGAUAUAUCUAGCCAUUAAGAAAAUUAUGGAUAAAUGGGAUACACUUCGGGUUAAUACCACCAUUCCAAGACAGACAUUCCUCAAAAUUCUCAAUUUCUGCCUGAAAGAUAACAAUUACUUCACGUAUGCUGGAAAACUUUACCAACAAACUUAUGGUAUGCCAAUGGGGAACCCACUCUCACCAACGAUUGCGGAUAUUGUACUUGACACCCUUUUGGACGACGUAAUGGACGAACUGCAGAGUAUGAACAUAACGGUAAAAUUUAUAGUGAAGUAUGUAGACGACCUGUUCGCGGUGAUAAACAAAAAAGAUGAAACAACGAUAAUGAAAUUAAUGAACGCGUAUCACAACAAAUUAAAAUUUACGAUAGAAAAGGAAACUCGUGCAGAGUUACCGUUCCUGGAUAUGAAGAUAAUAAGAAAUGGAAAUACGUUAAUAACAAACUGGUACGCGAAACCAACAGCAUCGGGAAGAAUGAUUAAUUAUAACUCUACGCAACCACACAGCACGAAAAUUAAUACGGCCAAGAACUUCAUCCACAAAGUUCUACUGUUAAGCGAUGAACGUUUCAAAGCAGACAACAUAAAUAAAAUACAACAAAUUUUAAAACAGAACAAUUAUCCAAUGGCAUUAAUAAAUAAUUUAAUUCACGACGUCACCAACGGAUCCAAACGACCCCAUGAAGAAAAAGCAUCAACGACGAAAAAAUUUUACAGUGUACCGUACAUCCCUAAGCUUACCGACCGCGCAUCUUUGGGAAAUAUCAUACUUGACGAAAACUCAACAACAGCAUAUAAAUCAAACAAAACUCUAAACCAAAUAUUCAGGAAAAAAGGAACAACAACCAAAACAGACAAACUCAAACUAAGCAACGUCGUAUACGAAAUUACGUGUGAUGGAGAUCAACAAGAAAAAUGCAACAAAAAAUAUGUGGGAACCACCAGACGCACACUAGGCACUAGGUUGGCUGAGCACGAAGCCGACAUAAGAAAAGGGAGACAAUCGACAGCACUAGCACAACAUAUAAAAGAGAGCGGACAUGCGGCAAACUUUAAGACAGUAAGAGUACUUGACAGAGAGAAAAUAGAGAACAAGCGAUACACAUUAGAGAGCCUACGGAUUCAACAAAUACUUAAAGAGUCGAUAAACACCAAAGAAGACAAAGACAACACUAAGCUGCAGUAUUCCAUUGCAAUAACUUGAAAACGACUGUUCUGUGAUAUUAGUAAUAAGUUUAGACUUUAUAUACUUCCCUCAAAGUGCAAUUAUUUAUAUUAUUAUAUUUUCUGUGUCGUGGUGUCCAGUUUUUAUAGUAAUAUAAGUAAUUCAACGAAGAUGUAAAAUUAAUCGAACUUCAAUAAACUCUGUCCUGAUGAAGUUGGAAAAAAUAACCAACGAAACGUCGAGAGAAAAAAUGAAAA